AUGGAGCGGUCGAGCUGGGAGCAGCGGGGGCGCUGGGGCUGGGGCUGUGGGGCCGCCGGGGUUGGGGCAAGGGAGCCGCCGUCGAUCCGCCGGCUGGGACCUCGCCUCUCCCUCCACGGCAAGUUGCGACGGCCUCUCGCCAGCGGCCGUGAAGAGGAGGGCGUGCGUCGGGCGAGGAUGAGAUACUCGCCGUCUCUCCCUCGGCGGCGGCAGGUGCGGGUUCUUCUCCUUCUCGGCGGACUAGUAGAGAUGGCGAUGAUCAUCGAUCUGUUCCGCGGACUGCAGGGCGAGGGCGAGGGCGAGAUCGAGGCCGGAGACGAGGCAGGAGGCGCGACCGUCUGCUCGGAUUCCAUCCAGGGGCGCGGCCGGCGGAGCAGCCUCCUCCAGCCGAGGGCGCGGCCAGCGGAGGAGCCGCCUCCAGCCGGAGGCGCGGCCAGGUUCGUGGCCUCCAGGCAGGGGCGCGCGGCCGGCGGAGCAGCCUCCAGCCGGGGGCGCGUCGAGGCUCAGGUGCGUGGCCGGCGGCGCCGCCUACAGCCGGUGGCGCGGCGAGGCCCGCGGCCACCGGCGCCAACAUGUCUUACCUCACCGGCACCAUCGCCGGACCUGGCGAUAACCCCUACAAGGGCGGACCUUCGUUAUCGACAUCUGCUCCUCUCAGCCGCGGACUCCGACGAGUGGGAGGACGGCGAGGACGAGAGCGCCGCGUCGUGGGGGAUGCCCAAGGAGUGCUACGGCGGUGUCAACUUCUCCGAGACCGCCGACAAGGCGUGCUCCAGUGACUCCAGCCUCAUGCGGAAGGCCAUGGACUGCUAA